AUGCUGGAAAAUUACAGGGAUUGUCCAGGAUGCACUGGUCCUAACUGUGCCGUGUGUAGUGGGAGAGCCGCUUGUGAUCCAAGGAAGUGUCCUGUUGGUGUUGCGGCUCAGUGCAAUUCGCAACAGUGCGCUACCGUCAAUGGCAAGAUGCGCCUAUUAGGUGGACCUAGAAAUCCAAUGAUACCGAACGUCGGAAAUCAAUGUGCGAAAGGUGCUUGUCUCAGAAGAGUGAUUGGCAAUCGCAGUGCCCAGUGUAGUUAUACGCCAGAGAUGAGCAGAAUGUGUCAUUCGUGA